AAACCAGUGAAGUCAUUCAGAACAUAUGAGUGUUGAGACAAGCUUGCAAAGUGUAAAGUCAAUCAUAGGAAAGUCCCCCCCUGUUGGAAACCUUAACAAACCUUGCUGUUUUUGUUGUUGCCUUCAACAGUAUCUAAAUGCUUUUGGAUGUGGAUAUAUUCCAAGGACGUCGCUUUGCAACUUUCAACAGAGAGGUCCACUCAGCAGGAACCGCCAUAUUUGAUGGAGUCCCAUACUAUAACAUUAGCUGUACAUUGAAGGUGGUCUGUUAAAGCGGCCUGGGUGAUCAACCUGAGCCUCUCAAACUACCCCUCCAACCUCAUACAGUAGCCAGACAGUAGCUUCUCUGAUCUAGCUGCAAUGAACGGUGUGAUAGAAGGUGUAUAUGAGCCAGUGCAGCACCAUUGGUUCCACUGCGAGCAGCAGGUGGACUGUAAAGACUCCUGGUUCCCUUUCAGCAGAGAGGACUCAUCAAGGCUGGAAGAGGCACACAAACAUGGGGAGACCCGCGAGGAGGAGGAGAUGGUGGUAGCCACAGAGGGUAGGCGGUUCGAUGUGAGGCUGAAGGAGAGGCGGCGCUACGCGGUGUACUGGGAGCAGCCCCCCUCGGAGGUGAGGCGCUGCUCCUGGUUCCACAAAGGAGACAAGGAUAUCUCCUACACCCCUUACCCAGAGCACACCAGCCUCGUCCUGGAGGAGGCUUACAUGAUAUCAGUGACGCUGAAUGACUGGACGAGGAAGUUAGAAUUCCCCACUGGAGAAACGGUGGUGUUGCACAGUCGUAUGCUUAUGACACAGCAACAGACAAUCCCCUCUAGGUACUGGAUAAGCUUCCCCUCUGCCUCUGAGCAAAGUCGACCCAGGACCGUAAAAAGGGGGCUGGAGGAUAUUUCAAUAGAGAUACCUGAAGGAGAGCCUUACCAAGUGGACCACCUUGUCUUCAUGGUACAUGGCAUUGGACCGGCCUGUGACAUCCAGCUGCGUGGGGUCGUUCAAUGUGUGAAUGAUUUCCGCGAUGCUUCACUCAGCCUGCUGAGCAGUCACUUCAAGCAGAGCCAAGAUGGCGCCCACAUGGGCCGUGUGGAGUUCCUGCCAGUCAACUGGCACCGGGUGCUGCAUGGGGACGCCACUGGGGUGGACGAGGAUAUCCAGAGGAUCACCCUGCCCAGCAUCAGUCGUCUGCGUCAGUUCAGCAACGGCACGGUGCUGGACCUGUUCUUCUACAACAGCCCCACCUACUGCCAGACCAUCAUAGACACCGUGGCCUCAGAGAUCAACCGCCUCCACCACGUAUUCCUUCAGCGCCACCCACAAUUCACUGGUGCAGUGUCACUGACUGGACACAGUCUGGGUUCUCUGAUCCUCUUUGACCUUCUGACAAAUCAAGAAAUACAUAACACAGAUGAAAAGAUAAGUAGCGUCAGCAGCCCAAGUGAAGCAACCUCCAUUAACUUUGAGAGCUUUGAGGAAACACUUAGGAAUUUCGGAUUGGGCAAGUUUUUCCAAAUGCUUACAAAGGAGCAGAUGGACUUAGAAUCACUGGUAAGUGUGUGUGUGUGUGUGCAGAGUAGCGUCAGCAGCCCAAGUGAAGCAACCUCCAUUAACUUUGAGAGCUUUGAGGAAACACUUAGGAAUUUCGGAUUGGGCAAGUUUUUCCAAAUGCUUACAAAGGAGCAGAUGGACUUAGAAUCACUGGCUCUCUGUUCGGAGACGGACUUGAAGGACUUGGGAAUACCCUUGGGGCCUCGCAAGAAGAUCAUGUGCUUGUUGAAGAGAUGGAGAGAGAAGCAGGAAUCCAGGACAGGAACGUCCCAGCCAGUUCCUGGCGUUCCAGGUGUGUAUUCCCAGGUCCAAGAACAACCAACGCUCCUCUCAGACGCCCCCUCCACCAGCCCAGUGGAUUACAAGUACUUUGACAUUGGYAUUGGCCAGGUGUCCAUUGUGUACCCUCAGCUGGCCUUCCAGCCGCAGGCCUUCUUUGCCUUGGGUUCUCCUAUAGGGAUGUUCCUAACGGUGCGCGGCCUGAAGAGGAUCGACCCCAAAUACAGCCUCCCCACCUGCAARAGCUUCUACAACAUCUUCCAUCCAUUUGACCCGGUGGCCUUCAGGAUUGAGCCCAUGGUGGUGUCUCCAGGGGUGGACCUUCCCCCAAUGCUAAUCCCACAUCACAWGGGCAGGAAGAGGAUGCAUCUCGAGCUGAAAGACAGCUUGAUGCGAGUCAGCUCAGAUCUGCUGCUCUCAAUCAGUACUCUCCGUGGUGUGUGGCAGACCCUCACCACACUACCUGUCAACACACUUCCCCCAGUGGCCAGUGUAGGAACCACAUCUGCACUGCCACCUCAGGAGUCAGAAGGUAGUAGGGCCCAAAACGGUACCGUCUCACCCACAGAGAUGAAGAAUAGCAGUUUUGGAAUGUUGAAUGGUGGACGUCGGUUUGAUUACGUCCUUCAAGAGAAACCCCUAGAGAGCUUCAAUGAGUAUCUGUUUGCCAUUCAGAGCCAUCUCUGCUACUGGGAUUCUGAGGAUACCGUGUUGCUGCUUUUGAGAGAAAUCUAUGAGGGGAAGGGAAUCCUUCUCUAGMAUCUCCAAAUGUCCAUGUAAAGCAGGGGUGGGCAAUUCCAGUCCUCGAGGGCCUGAUCAGUGUCACAGUUUUGCCCUAGCUAACACACCUGACUC